AUGGUUUCUAGCCUGCUUCCAAACCCCACCUCGGCUGAGUGCUGGGCAGCCCUUCUACAUGAUCCUAUGACUCUUGAUAUGGACGCAGUCCUGUCAGACUUUGUUCGGUCCACGGGGGCAGAACCUGGUCUGGCCAGAGACCUGCUGGAAGGCAAAAACUGGGACCUGACAGCUGCUCUAAGCGACUAUGAGCAGCUCCGACAGGUGCACACAGCCAACCUGCCACAUGUGUUUAACGAAGGAAGGUGUCCCAAGCAGCCUGAACGAGAGCCAGCCCAGCCCGGGCACAAGGUGGAGCGGCCUUGCCUGCAGAGGCAGGACGAUAUUGCACAAGAGAAGCGACUUUCCCGGGGGAUUUCCCACGCCAGCUCAGCCAUUGUCUCCUUGGCCAGGUCCCACGUGGCAAAUGAAUGCAACAAUGAGCAGUUCCCUCUAGAGAUGCCAAUCUACACAUUCCAGUUACCAGAUCUCAGUGUGUACAGUGAAGACUUCAGGAGCUUCAUCGAGCGGGACUUGAUUGAGCAGGCAACCAUGGUAGCUUUGGAGCAGGCAGGUCGCCUGAACUGGUGGUCCACUGUGUGCACGAGCUGCAAGCGGCUUCUUCCUUUGGCCACAACAGGGGAUGGGAACUGCCUUUUACAUGCAGCCUCUCUGGGGAUGUGGGGCUUUCACGACCGGGACCUGGUUUUGAGGAAAGCACUCUACACCAUGAUGAGGACGGGCGCGGAGCGAGAAGCUCUGAAGCGGAGGUGGAGGUGGCAGCAGACACAGCAGAACAAGGAGGAGGAAUGGGAGCGAGAGUGGACCGAGCUGCUGAAGCUGGCCUCCAGCGAGCCACGCACGCACUUCAGCAAGAACGGCGGCACGGGUGGGGGUGUGGACAACUCUGAGGACCCAGUGUACGAGAGCCUAGAAGAGUUCCACGUUUUUGUCUUGGCUCACAUACUAAGAAGACCAAUCGUUGUUGUGGCAGAUACAAUGCUGAGGGACUCAGGUGGAGAAGCAUUUGCACCCAUCCCAUUCGGAGGGAUCUACCUGCCCUUGGAGGUCCCUCCCAACAGAUGCCACUGCUCGCCUCUGGUUCUGGCCUACGAUCAAGCGCAUUUCUCAGCCCUCGUGUCCAUGGAACAAAGAGACCAGCAAAGAGAACAAGCCGUGAUCCCCCUGACAGAUUCGGAGCACAAGCUGCUGCCUCUGCACUUUGCAGUGGACCCUGGAAAGGACUGGGAGUGGGGGAAAGACGACAAUGAUAACGCCAGGCUAGCACACCUCAUCCUGUCACUAGAAGCCAAGUUGAACCUUCUACACAGUUACAUGAAUGUGACGUGGAUCCGGAUCCCCUCCGAGACCCGGGCUCCCCUGGCGCAGCCAGAGUCCCCAACGGCCUCGGCGGGGGAGGACGUGCAGUCUUUGGCUGACUCGCUGGACUCCGACCGCGACUCUGUGUGCAGCAAUUCCAACAGCAAUAAUGGCAAGAAUGGAAAGGACAAGGAGAAGGAGAAGCAGCGCAAGGACAAGGAUAAGACCCGCGCGGACUCCGUGGCCAACAAGCUGGGCAGCUUCAGCAAGACUCUGGGCAUCAAGCUGAAGAAAAACAUGGGUGGCCUGGGCGGCCUGGUGCACGGCAAGAUGGGCCGUGCCAACUCCGCCAAUGGCAAGAACGGUGACGCCGCGGAGCGCGGCAAGGAGAAGAAGGCCAAGUCCCGCAAGGGCAGCAAAGAGGAGUCAGGAGCGUCGGCGAGCACAUCGCCAUCCGAGAAGACCACGCCGUCGCCCACGGACAAGGCGGCGGGCGCGUCCCCGGCCGAGAAGGGCGGUGGGCCUAGGGGCGACGCCUGGAAGUACAGCACGGACGUGAAGCUGAGCCUCAACAUCCUGCGCGCUGCCAUGCAGGGCGAGCGCAAGUUCAUCUUCGCCGGCCUGCUGCUCACCAGCCACCGGCACCAGUUCCACGAGGAGAUGAUCGGCUACUACCUGACCAGCGCGCAGGAGCGCUUCAGCGCCGAGCAGGAGCAGCGGCGUCGCGACGCCGCCACGGCCGCCGCCGCCGCAGCCGCCUCCACGGCCAAGCGACCACCGCGCAGGCCCGAGGCCGAGGGCACGCCAGGCCCGGAGAACGCCUCCCCAGGUCCGCCAGCCGGACAGCCCACGCAGCUGGUGCUCAAGCUCAAGGAGCGCCCAAGCCCCGGGGCCGCGACGGGCUCGCGGGCCGCGCGGGCGGCGGCGGCGGGGGGCUCAGCUUCUCCGGGUGGCAGUGGCGUCCGGCGGGCAGGCGCCAGCGGACCGGUCCCCGGCCGCAGCCCGCCGGCGCCAGCGCGCCAGAGCAUCAUCCACGUGCAGGCUGCGAGCGCCCGGGACGAGCCGUGCGCGCCGGCCGUGGGCGCGCUGCGGCCGUGCGCCACGUACCCGCAGCAGAACCGCUCGCUGUCGUCGCAGAGCUACAGCCCGGCGCGCGCCGCCGCCCUGCGCACGGUCAACACGGUGGAGUCGCUCGCGCGCGCGGUGCCCGGCGCCCUCCCCGGCGUGGCGGGGGUCCCAGGGACGGCCGAGCACAAGUCUCAGACCUACACCAACGGCUUCGGCGCCACGCGCGACGGCCUGGAGUUCGCCGACGCCGAUGCGCCGGCCGCGCGCUCGAACGGUGAGUGCGGCCGCGGCGGUCCCGGGCCCGCGCAGCGGCGCUGCCUGCGCGAGAACUGCGCGUUCUACGGACGCGCGGAGACCGAGCACUACUGCUCGUACUGCUACCGCGAGGAGCUGCGGCGGCGGCGCGAGGCGCGCGGGGCCCGGCCCUGA